AUGACCAAGGUCUCGCGCGACCACGUGCCGAACCCGUACUCGUACGACGGCCUCGAUCACCCGCUGAUCCUCAAGGCGCGCGAGAAGCGGCCGAGCCUGGCGGUGUCGCAGUUCGACGACCUGCGGGCGAGCUGGGCCCAGCCGAAGGACACGCACCCCGAGGGCUUCCCGUACUUCGUGCGCGGCCGCGACAGCGUGCGGUCGUACAUCACGGAGCUGUUCCAGACGCGCAUCACGAUGUACGACGGCGCGAUGGGCACGAUGAUCCAGAAGCACAAGCUCGACGAGCCGGACUUCCGCGCGGAGCGCUUCAAGGACUACGACAUGCUCAUCAAGGGCAACAACGACCUCCUGUCGAUCACGCAGCCGCACAUCAUCCGCGACAUCUACAAGAAGUACCUCGUCGAGGGCGGGUCGCAGCUCAUCGGGACGAACACGUUCUCGUCGACGACGAUCGCCCAGGCGGACUACAAGAUGGAGGACCUCGUCUACGAGCUCAACUACGACAGCGCGCGCCUCGCGCGCGAGGCGUGCGACGAGGUGACGGCGAUGGACCCGACGAAGCCGCGGUUCGUGUGCGGCGCCAUCGGCCCGACGAACCGCACGGCGUCGAUCUCGCCGGACGUCAACGACCCGACGACGCGGAACUGCGACUUCGACGAGCUCGUCGAGGCGUACUACGAGCAGUGCGUCGGCCUCGCGGACGGCGGCUGCGACAUCUUCAUCAUCGAGACGAUCUUCGACACCCUGAACGCCAAGGCGGCGUGCUUCGCGGUGAACGAGUUCCUCGAGCACACGGGCAUCGACAUCCCGCUGUUCAUCUCCGGGACGCUCGUCGACCAGAGCGGGCGCACGCUGUCGGGCCAGACGGGCGAGGCGUUCUACGUGUCGAUCCGCCACGCGAAGCCCAUGUGCGUGGGCCUGAACUGCGCUCUGGGCGCCAAGGCGAUGGCGCCGUUCCUGAAGCGCCUGUCGGAUUGCGCGGAGUGCUUCGUGCACGUCUACUCGAACGCGGGCCUCCCGAACG